UACCUUCUCGCCUCAUCUUAAUUCUUCUGACAUUGAUCACAUUUUGUUCGCUGAAGCCCUCCAGGAGUUCCGCUUCGCUUAGUUCAAGCAAAUCGUCAUCCGACACAACACCGCGGGUGGUGUUCAUUGUACGGUGCGGGGUUACUAUUAUGUUGGUCUCCCCAAAUGACACUAGCUUCGGUAGUUUGUCAUAUUGCUUCUGGUCGCGGAGCUCCAAGAGGAGGUCGCCGCUUGCCAUCCUCGACGCCUUGUAACCUGGACCAAAAACAUCAGUCAAGGUCUUUGACACAAGGAACGGGGAAAUGGUUCGCACUGGUUUGUCUGUCUUUUCAGAGUGAAUAACGUGAAAGCAGGGGAAGUUUUGAAUUUGACGUCCGAAAAACUGGAAUAAAUCUUCGAUGCGCCCUCGUUUCUGAGGGCGAUCAGGAAGCUUGGGGAAAGAAGUUUCCAUGGAAAAAAUGUAUACAUUCGGCAACAGCGCCAACCGCCCACCACGGAGCCCAACGAGGGGACGCGGCAGAGCUUGCAUGCAAGACUGCUCGACGCCAGUCGUACGCCGUCACUAUAACCGAAUAUGGUGUACCUAAGGUUGGAUAGCCACACAGGGUUAACCCUUGCCGCCAGGAGAAAGGAAGUAAAUAGAAGAGAGAAGGAGGCAGGAAAGGUCAAAAGUGAGAGAUAAAGACGAAGAUUCGAGGAGGGAGAAACAGGAAAAGGCGACUGCCGAUGUCCUCCAGGUGGGUCAGUCUGGAGGUGCCGUCUAUGUGAAGCCGAGGCCGAAGAGGUGUGUUGCCUCCGCCGUUGGGCCUUAAAGGUCCAAACACCCAGCAUCGGCUCAACCCCCAGGAUCCCGUUUUCCCCAGACACGGCUAAGCCGUGCACGGCUACACGCGGGAGGGUCCAACCCUCGUGUGCUCAGGUCCGUAGUGUCGCAACACACCAAACGCCUGCUGACGCAGACGCCCCUGCGGGGCCUUAUAUUCAGAGUCGACUUAUGUUUCAAUAUGAACGGGAAUGAAGUGUUACGCAAUUCUUUUAGCGAAAUUUACCUCUGCUGUUUAGUUUCCAUAUUGUGCGUAGAAGCAACAGUGCGUGCACUUUCAGCUGCUCAGUUUAUCUUCAAUGCUGCUCUCAUUUUGUAGAGUUCAUCACAUGUGCAUGUGCAACACAUUGGCGGAGACAAUACGAACUGCAUUUCUCGCUAGCUGGACAAGUCGGAAUGGCAAUGCACCUUGGAGAACAAGACUCGAAUUGCGAAAGUCUGGUGGUCUUCACCAAGUUUCACGGAACUUUGUUUUAUGUCAAGAUGGGCUGACACCAUGUCACCUGAUGCUGUCACUCUCUGCUACUUGGCAUCCGGGCAGGACAUAAAAGAUGUUGCCCUGGCUUACCGUGUGGGGAUUGAGACGGCGAGACUCUGCAUUCAUGUGGCCUGCCAAGCAAUCUGGGCAAGGUUGAAAGACCACUACAUGAAGGCACCAAGCACGUCUGAAUGGGCACAGAUUGCCGAUGGGUUCACCGCACAGUUGCAAUUCCCAAACUGCUUGGGAGCAGUUGAUGGAAAGCAUGUUGCCAUAGUUGCUCCUCGGAAUUCUGGCAGCUUGUACUACAACUACAAGGGCACCUUUUCAGUUGUACUCAUGGCUGUUGUCGACAGCAACUACAAGUACAUACUGAUAGAUGUUGGAGCAGAAGGCCGCCAUAGUGAUGGCGGUAUCUUCCAGAACUCCACCUUUGGAAGAGCCCUCCUACAAGACCGCCUCUCUGUGCCUGCUUGUGCUCGACUGCCAGGAACAACAGGCACCAUUGCGCCUUUCACUUUCAUUGGGGAUGAGGCAUUCCAGCUGCGCACCGAUUUUAUGCACCCGUUUCCGGCAAAGCAGCUCAAUGAUGCACGAAGAGUGUUCAACUAUCAGCUGAGCCGAGCACGGAGGUGCGUGGAAAAUGCCUUCGGGAUCACGGCAGCCCGGUGGCGCAUACUCCUCCGAACCAUCCCUUUGAAGCCUGAAAAUGUUGACUUCGUCAUCGAAGCAGCAGGCAUCCUGUACAACUUCCUGACCAUCCUGAAUGCUGAUGUGCAUCAUUUCACAGACAGCGAGGACAGUUUCGGGAAUGUUGUGCCGGGGCACUGGCGGCAAGGCAUGCCAAGGGAUGGCUCAGAGCAGAGCUACUUUCCACUUCGUACGACACGUGCCAGAAACUUUGAAGCUAAGGCUGCAGAUGCCAGGAAUCUUCUAAUGGCAUACUUCUGCAGCAGUGCUGGUGAGGUCCCCUGGCAGUGGCACCAACCUGGUGUGUCAAAGGAAGCAGCCGUGAAGCAGCUCCAUGACCUACGGUUACUUCCGCUCCAGUGAUGCAAGUCAUGCAAGCAACAAUGAUGCAACACUUCCCAACGUCCCUAGCUCUGCCUGCUGAAGACUGCCUGCUUAAGCCAGCGACGCUUGUGAUUGCGGCCUGCUGUGGUGUGCUUCGGAAGCCUCUGGAAUGUACAGCACUUCAAGCAGCGGUGAAUCAAGUUGUUCCAAAAUCUCCUGUGAUUCUGCAGACUCGGACACCGUAGACAGUGUCGCUGCUUCCGCUUGUGAUUCUUCACCUGACGGUGGCGGCACUUGAAGCGUUGCCAGAUUGGAAAACUGGCACAUCUUCAUUAGGAUGUCCGCAGCAUUUCCCUCCUCACUUGAAAGGGGCACUGGUGGAACGUUGCCGGAUGUCCUGCAUGUGAGCGUAAUAAGGUUUGCACAUAUUCUGAAUGUGCAAAUAAUGUGCGGGUCUAAAGGCAAAAAUAUGCAAUGGCUCAAGUUCAUGCACAUUUGUUUUAAGGUGUCAUUUUAUUAGAGAGCAAUGCCCAAACUCUGAGUCAGUAUUGUAGGGACAAAAGUGGCUUGCAUACACAACCAGAAUGAACAUCUUUUGCAAGCACUGAAGUGUAGCUUUUGUAUUUUAUUGUUGCUUCAGAUGCAUUUAAGCACUUAUUAUGAUGUCUGCGUGCCUAAUGCCUAGUGAUACCUUGUACUCGAAACAGUGCAUGAUAUCUGGAAUGUAUCAGUUUCGAAAUAAAUAACAUCAAGCAUCCCACUACACUUAAUCAGUACAACCAUUUAAUAAAUGUCACAAUGAAAGACCUACGCUUGUACUUUCUAAACAUAGAGUAAUAGUAUUGUUAUGUCUUGCUUUAACAUAAUGCUUUUUCCUGCUUACAUUUUUUGCUUGAAACGUUCUCGCCUUGUAACUUUGUUUUCCUUUCAUCUUUUUUUAAACUUCAUGUCAUACUAAACUAUUUUUCUUAAUUGAAUGCAGAUCUAAACACAGUGUGAAGCUUUGUAUGUAGCAGUCAGUGCAUUCAUUGUUUGUAUUUAGGAAGUUAUGUAUAAUCAUGUUUGUCAUCUUGCCAUCUGCCUUGUAGAGGGUUUUUUUGGGGCACAGUGAAGCUGAUUUUGGUGAGCAAACGCCUCCAGAAAGUUUCUUAAAGCAAUGACUUCUUUGCCUCUUCUUUAAACUUUCCCAUCCCUGCUGCUGCUGUCUUGGCAAAUAGCUCUUACUGAAUGCCUCAUACUAAAAUUAAGGUAGUCAGUCGUUGAACCAUUGCCAUCCCAGCUGACUGCUGGCUACAGUAUUGCACGAGUGACCAGUGCAGGACACAGUACAAAUGCCGGAUAUAACAAUGCAAUCAGAUAGUGGUGUUGGCACAUAAAAUUCCAGCAAUCAUUUUUUUCCCACAGUGAUAAUGUGGCUAACUGGAUCAUCUAGCCUUUCCUUGCAAAUGUUUUCUAAGGAGGAACAACGCUCUCCACAAACAUUGUGAAAGCUUUGCUUAAAGCAAUGACCACAGCACUUGGGAUCCACAGAAUAAUCCCAGGUGAUAAUUAGGUAAAGACAGUGCUGAACAGACACAAAAACCAGUAUUAUCAAUUACACAGCUGACAAUGCUGUCAAUACAUCGGUGAAUUUAUUAUUCCUACAGCAUGAGAGCUAUGAAUGAAUCCUUGAGUGAACUAGGUAAAAUUUGAGGGUUUGUGAUGGAGCACUGAUUUGCACAAAGCUGGCAAGCAAAAAAAAAAUGCAAAAUGAAAGCUGUUCAUUGCAGUGAACAAACGUGAAUAUAACAAUAUUCAAUACUCAGAUAAAUACCGCCUUUUGACUUGUACAAUAUAUUCUAUGAUCAGUGUAUAGAAUCAAAGGAAACCACUUGUAUCUAACACUACACAUGCAUCUUGUGGUAUGUGGUGACUAUUGCCAACGUUUUCUUUUUGUGUGCAUCAGGCAAGUCCUUUGCUUUUUAUUUGACCUGCUAGUUUGUAUGUGAUAUUUUCUGCACUUCUGUCUUGUGCUUUAUUAUGCUAGGUUUUUAUGUGCUACUUCAGUUAUUUUGUACCUGUAUUUCUGAUUUUUCUGCGCGUUACUGCAAAGUUAAACUGGCUUUUUUGGUACCUAAAUAAAUAAAUAAAUAAAUAUACAAAGAUA